GCCCCCUGCGGCUUGGGAGCGGCUCCACGUCGGCUCCGCCGGGUGAGGCCAGGCUCGGGCGGAGCCGGCCGGGUCUGCAGGGCAAUCGUUACAGCAAUCGUACCCCGCACAGCGCAGACAUGGCAGCCCAAAAGGACCAGCAGAAGGAUGCCGAGGCAGAAGGGCUGAGCGCCACGACCCUGCUGCCCAAGUUGAUUCCCUCUGGCGCAGGCCGGGAGUGGCUGGAGCGGCGACGGGCGACCAUCCGGCCCUGGGGAACCUUCAUGGACCAGCAGCGCUUCUCACGACCCCGCAACCUGGGCGAGCUGUGCCAGCGCCUGGUGCGCAACGUGGAAUACUACCAGAGCAACUAUGUGUUCGUGUUCCUGGGCCUCAUCCUGUACUGCGUGGUGACAUCUCCCAUGCUGCUGGUCGCUCUGGCCGUCUUCUUUGGUGCCUGUUACAUUCUCUAUCUGCGCACGUUGCAAUCCAAGCUUGUGCUCUUUGGCCGAGAGGUGAGCCCAGCGCAUCAGUACGCUCUGGCUGGAGGCAUCUCCUUCCCGUUCUUCUGGCUGGCUGGUGCAGGCUCGGCUGUCUUCUGGGUCCUAGGAGCCACUCUGGUUGUCAUCGGCUCCCACGCUGCCUUCCACCAGAUCGAGGCUGCGGAUGGGGAGGAGCUGCAGAUGGAGCCUGUGUGAGGUAUCCACAGAGACCUGUUGGCCUCCUGGGCCAGCCACCCCAUCCCUGUCCAUCCCUUUCCUGGACCACUCUGCUGCUUGGACUCAUCCAGGGAGGAGCUCCGCCUUUAGAAAUAAAGCCAUUACAGUUGCCAUUCAGCGAA